CUGCUUGCAAGGCCAGGAAGCAAAGAAGGAACCGCCGGGGGCCAUGGACGGGGCCAUGGACGGGGCCGUGAUGGAGGGGCCGCUCUUUUUGCAGGGUCAGCGUUUCGGUGCCAAGAGGUGGAGGAAGACCUGGGCCGUGCUCUACCCGGCCAGCCCCCACGGCGUAGCGCGCCUCGAGUUCUUCGAUCACAAGGGGCCGAGCUCCGGAGGGGGCCGAGGGAGCUCGCGCCGCCUGGACUGCAAGGUGAUCCGUCUAGCCGAGUGCGUGAGCGUGGUGCCCGUGGCCCUGGAGAGCCCCCCGGAGCCCGGAGCCGCCGCCUUCCGCCUGGACACCGCGCAGCGCUCGCACCUGCUGGCGGCCGACGCGCCGUCCAGCGCCGCCUGGGUGCAAAUGCUGUGCCUGAAUGCCUUUCCGAAAGGCAGCUGGGGUCCGGCGCCUGCCGAGAACCCACCCAAGCUUUCUGCCCUGGAGAUGCUGGAGAACUCGCUGUAUAGCCCCGCCUGGGAAGGAUCCCAGUUCUGGGUAACCGUGCAGAGGACCGAGGCCGCCGAGCGCUGCGGCCUGCAUGGCUCCUAUGUGCUGAGGGUGGAGGCUGAGAAGCUGACUCUCCUGACUGCGGGAACUCAGAGUCAGAUACUGGAGCCGCUCCUCUCCUGGCCCUACACGCUGUUGCGUCGCUAUGGCCGAGACAAGGUCAUGUUCUCCUUUGAGGCUGGUCGGCGCUGCCCCUCCGGCCCCGGGAACUUCACCUUCCAGACGGCACAGGGAAAUGACAUUUUUCAGGUAGUCGAGACUGCUAUCAACGGCCAAAGGCCCAGGGGGAGAAGGGUACAGUUAAAGAAAACUCUCUAUUGGGACUUGUAUGAGCAUGUGCAGCAGCAGUUGAUGAAGGCCAAGCUGACGGACCCCAAGGAGGACCCCAUCUAUGAUGAACCAGAGGGCCCGGGAGCAGCUUCUGCCCGGGGCCUUUAUGAUCUGCCUCAGGAGCCCAAGGAUGCAUGGUGGUGCCAGGCUCGAGCGAAGGAGGAGGGCUACGAGCUCCCCUACAACCCCGCCACCGAUGACUACGCCGUGCCUCCCCCUCGGAGCACAAAGCCCGUCCCAGCUCCCAAGCCCCAGCGCCUGACCUGCCCUGAACCUGGUACAACUGGCAGUGGCAGCAAAGGUCACAGCUCAGACACUGCCCUGUACAGCCAGAUCCAGAAGAGCAGGGCCUCAGGGGACUGGGACUGUGGGCUCUCUAGAGUAGGGGCCGACAGGACUGGGAUCAAGUCAGAGGGCUCCACAUGAGAAGUAGAGCAAGGCUGGGGUUGCUGAUAGGAGGACCUUGGAGAGGUGGCAUUGGGGGGAUCAAAGAAACCUGUUGAACCAGUGGGACCCAGAGGACUGGAGGGGCCUGUGUGAGACUGGAGGAUCAGACAAAUCAGGGGAGUCAAGGGGAGGAUGAUUAAUCCCCAGAAGUCCUGGAAGUGGGACAGAUGAGAGGGGCACAGGGAUGGUACCUGGGGAGACCAGCAUCUCUAAGUCAUCCCCCCAAAAGAAUGGACAGUUGCUGGACCAAGUCUAUGGAUUAGAGUGGGUACAGUUGGCGGGGCUUGCAUGGAGGCUGUAGGAAGAUGCUGGACUGCCUGGAUCCUUUCCCCUGUAUUUUUUCCCCCAGAGAUUUAUUUAAAAAAAGUUUUAUUCUCAUUAAAGCCAGAGGGUUUAAGAGGUC